AUGAAGGGGACCUCGAUUUUUCAGUUCAAGUCUUGGCCUAAGAUCCACCAGCCAUUGCCACGGACUCCACGAGAGUCUCAGCAGCUUCUCAAUGCCCUCACAUCGUCCUUUCGUCGUCAGUUAGACCGGGCCUAUCCCGCAGUCAGCAAUGACCGACCUCUUCCAAACCCCGAAUCAUCGGCACAUGCAACCGACUUGCAUCUGCAGAAUAUCCUCGACAAUCCUCUAUUCCGGAUAGUCCCCGCCAAAACCAGUCCUCAGGAAGCCGCGGUGUUGCGGAGCAUAGAGGGACAGCGACGGCUCUCGGAAGAACCCAUGGUGGUUUUUGACGAACUCGCUGCCGCUGGUUCUGCCACUGCAGCCACCAUCAAUGAUUGUCUCAAAUCCCAGCUUCUUCUUGCCAGAUCCCCGGAAGAUAUGAAAGCGUCCCGAGCUGCGGAGAGAGUCGUGAAUUGGUACUGGGCGUCAGAUGGUGCUUCCCGACAGUCACUUCUCCGUACCCGGUCAGCAACGAUCUCGUUGACCAAAUUUAUGGUUGCAGAGGGACUGCAUAGCACUGCUUUGAAGUGGCUGGAGACACUCAUGAGCAAUGACUUAGGUAGCAAAAACGGUAAGAUGACCGAAGGGCUCGCCAGGCAGACCUUCAGUCAUCUUCUCGUCGAUUUUGUCGAUGCAGAAUUACACACCGGUAACGGAUUUGGCUCCGCAAUUGCAACUUACCUGCGUGUAUGCCAGAUGCAUUUCCAAAGCGCAUGUUCCCACAAGUCGAGGAAACCAAUGCUCCUGGCUGCAGCUGCUCACCUAAGCCGUAUGGCCGUGGAGCAAAAGCCAAUGAGAGAUGAGGUAUCAGAGGCAAUAUAUGAUCAUUUCAAGGACGUGGUCUCUGUGCUAUCUCCCCGAUCUUUGUUGGUAGCAUCGGUGGCCGUCUGUCAUCCCACAAACCCCGAUUCCCGUCCAUUCCUCCAAUUUGUGGAGAAUCUGUCACCAACCAAGUUCCAAACGUGGAAUGAGGCCAGACGAGACGCAUUCUUCGAUAUUGGUACCGAGGCACUUCGAGUUCUCGUCGAACGAAAGAGAUUCCGUGAUAUCUCCCGCCUGGAGCAAAAUAUUUCGGCUUUGCUGCCGGAGAAGCCAGCGCCAACGGCCACCGAGAGAUCUGAUACGCACCUAUCCGAAGAGGAACACCUCGCCCGCUUGAACUGGAACUUUACAUGA